AUGGCAACCCAUAGCAAUCAGAUUCCUAAGGAUCUUGUAUGGGAAAUUCUAGCAAAAUUAUCUGUUAAGUCUUUGAAGCGAUUUAGUUGCGUGCAUAAGUCUUGGCUAAAUUUACUUGAGAAUUCUGAUUUCAAGAGCAUAUACUAUGAGAAUUUAAAAUCUAAAACUGCUUAUUCCUCGUCUCUCCUUCUAUGGAGAUAUUUUCAUGACGAAAGAAGUGAUCGACACAUCUAUGAAAAUGAAGUGUAUUUGCUUUCUGGAGAAAGGUAUGAAAACAUGGUUACGUUAGUUUUGCCAAAUCUGUUUGAAGAAAUUGGUUUUGAUAGAAUUAUAGACUGUGUUAAUGGUAUCAUAUGCCACUAUAAAAAAGCUGGUCUUAAUGUAAAAAUAGGACUUUGGGACCCAAAAACCGACGAGCAUAAAAUUAUUCCUCCAAGUAUUAUUACUAAUGAUCCCGACUUUGAUGCAGAGGUAGAAAUUCAUGGGUUUGGUUAUGAUAAUGUGAAUGAUGACUAUAAAGUGAUUCAACAUAUAUGUUAUUGUCAUAAUGAAUUUUACCAAUAUGAGCCUGCUCUAGCAAAUUGGCAAAUUUAUAGUCUAAAAAGUAAUUGUUGGAAGAAACUUAAUCUUGAAAUGACUGAAAAAGGAGGUUUUGGUGAAGGUUAUGUAACGUACUUAAAUGGAGUAUGCCACUGGCGGGGUGGAGAUAAGAAUGGAAAAGAGGUACUUGUGUCAUUUAAUCUCAGCACUGAAACGUUUCGAACCACAUUGAUUGGUUGGCAACAAAGUGAUGAUAUUGAUUGCCUUACCAGAACUUUGGUAGUGCUCAACGACUCUGUUGCUCUGAUCUCCUCUUUUGAUGAGAAUAGUCAUAUUGAAAUAUCCAUUUUAGGUGAAGUUGGUGUAAAAGAAUCUUGGGUGAAGCUUUUCACAGUUGGACCCUUUCCAUAUAUUUGGCAUCCAAUGGUAAUGGGCAACAAAUGUGAUAUAAUAUUUUUUAUGGGAAAUGAAAACCAUGAAUUGGCUUCCUUUGAUGUUAUUAGUGGCAAAGACUUUGAAACCCCAAAACCGACCAGCGUACCUCCGGGUAUUACUGAAGAUGAGCCCGGCUUUGAUCGGCGAAAACUUGAUCUUGAAAUGACUAAGAGGGAACAUAUAGAUAAUGCUUCUAUAGCGUACUUGAAUGGAGUAUGCCACUGGUGGGGUAGCGAGUAUGCCACUAAUGGACUCGAAGAAGAACAAGUCCUUGUGUCAUUUAAUCUCAGUACUGAAACGUUUCAAACCACAUCAAUUGUUUGGCUACAAGAAAAUGAUGAUAGCCCUAUCAGAAGUUUGGUAGUGCUCAACAAGUCUGUUACUCUGAUUUUCUCUUUUACUAAGAAUAAUCGCAUUGAAAUAUCUAUUUGGGUGAAAUUGGUGUGA